AUGGCGGCAGAGGACGGCGCGGUCACAAUCUACAGCGGCAGCGCAAUCACCGACGCCAAGAAGAACCCAUAUUCUCUCAAGGUCGGCCUAGGCCAGAUGCUCCGCGGCGGCGCCAUUUUUGAGGUCACCACCGCCGACCAAGCCAAGCUUGCCGAGGACGCCGGCGCUUGCUCCGUCAUCGUCUCCGAUCCACCCCGCGCCCAAGGCAUUUCGCGCAUGUCUGACCCAGCUCUCGUCAAGGACAUCAAACGCGCCGUUUCGAUCCCCGUCAUGGCGCGAUCCCGGGUCGGCCAUUUCGUCGAGGCCCAGGUCCUCGAAGCCAUCGGCGUCGAUUACAUCGACGAGAGCGAGUAUCUGGCGAUAGCAGACGAGGACCAUUUCAUAAACAAGCACAAUUUCCAGACCCCUUUCGUCUGCGGAGCCCAAACCCUCGGAGACGCGUUGAGGAGAGUGAGAGAAGGCGCGGCGAUCGUAAGAACCCAAGGGGAUCUAUCUGGGUCUGGAAAUGUAGCUAUGGCUGUAAAAAACGUGAGAUCUGUAAUGGGUCAGAUAAGGCUGCUCAACAACAUGGACGACGACGAAGUCUUCGCGUUUUCGAAGGAAAUUCAAGCGCCGUACGACCUCGUUGCGCAGACCAAGCAAAUGGGUCGGCUUCCGGUAGUGCAAUUCGCCUCCGGCGGCAUUGUGACGCCGGCCGACGCGGCGUUGAUGAUGCAAUUGGGGUGCGACGGAGUUUUUGUCGGGUCGGAUGUUUUCAACUGUUCGGAUCCGUACAAGCGGGUGAGGGGCAUUGUUGAGGCGGUUAGGAACUACAAUGAUCCGCAUGUGUUGGUGGAGACGAGUUCUGGGUUGUCGGGUCUGAUGGCGGGUUUGGAUCUCGGUGAGGACAGGAUCGAACACUUUGGUCGUGGCCAUGGAGGUGUUUGA